AUGGCCGCCGGUCAUUCAUUGCGCGAUCGCCAAAUUGCGUCCUUGAAGAAGAUCCUCAACCUCAACGAGAACGUUUCCCAGAAUGAUAACGACGACCCCCACGCGAAUAGCCUUGCUCCCGUUGGGCCCAUCCUCAAUGCGGACGGAAAUCCCAUCUGGAAGGUCCUCGUCUUCGACGAUCUAGGCAGAGAUGUCAUCAGCAGCGUGCUGCGAGUGAGCGACUUGCGCUCCAUGGGUGUCACCAUGCACAUGUAUGCUAGGCGCAACAUCGUCCUCAAGCUACCCCAGCUUGGGCACAUUUCCGCCGUGCGCCAUCCCAUCCCCGACGUUCCCGUUAUAUAUCUUGUCGAACCGAAUGCAAAGUCUUCGCAAAGCAUAACUGCCGACCUACAAAAGGGUCUCUACUCUCCUGCCUAUAUCAACUUCCUCUCCUCCAUACCACGACCCAUCCUCGAAGACUUCGCCGCACAAACGGCCGAGGCUGGCACCGCUGAACACAUAGCCCAGUUAUUCGACCAAUACCUCAACUUCAUAGUAGCCGAGCCUGACUUGUUCAGUCUUGGCAUGCAGAAAGAGCACACGUAUUGGGCACUGAACAGCGCAAAAACAAAAGAUGAGGAGUUAGAUUAUGUCGUCGAUCGUAUAGUUAGUGGGCUGUUUAGUGUCAUUGUGACUAUGGGUAUCAUUCCUAUCAUUCGGUGCCCAAAAGGUGCGGCGGCAGACAUGAUAGCCGGCAAACUAGACCGAAAGCUUCGUGACCACAUCUUGAAUUCGAAAGACAAUCUCUUCAAUGCAAGGCCGGCAUCAUCCGCUGGUACUCCUGCCUCAAGACCAGUUCUCAUUAUCCUAGAUCGUAAUGUGGAUCUGAACCCAAUGCUAUCCCACUCGUGGACAUACCAAUCAUUAGUCCAUGAUGUCCUUAAUAUGAAGCUUAACCGGAUAACUAUCGAGACCCCCGUGGAUGAGGAGAACCCGGCUAAGGGUGUGACAAAGAAAGCUUAUGAUCUAACCUCCGCUGACUUCUUCUGGGAGAAGAAUGCUGCGUUACCUUUCCCACAAGUCGCUGAGGAUAUCGAUGCCGAGUUAUCGCGGUAUAAAGAAGACGCCGCCGAAAUUACCAAGAAGACGGGUGCUUCGUCAAUAGAAGAUCUCCAGAACGACACAAGUGCAAGCGCACAGCAUUUGAAGGCCGCGAUAACUUUAUUGCCUGAGCUGCGUGAGAGAAAGGCAGUGCUCGAUAUGCAUAUGAACAUCUUGGCAGCCCUUCUCUCGGGUAUCAAGAACCGACAACUGGAUAACUACUUCCAAAUGGAGGAAAGCGUUAUGAAGCAAACAAAAGCUCAGAUGCUCGAGACUAUCAAGGACGGAUCAAAGGGCGAUGACUCUCUAGAUAAGCUACGAUUAUUCAUAAUUUGGUUCCUCAGCACUGAGCAAGAAGUUAGUAGAGCAGACUGGACUCAGUUUGAGGAAGCUCUCACAGCGGCUGAUGUUGACUGCACAUGCCUUGCUUACAUCCGGCAAGUUCGUGCAACAACAAAAAUGACACAACUAACUACUAUUAAUAAUCCUUCACAACCAGCUUCGCAAUCAGGCACCACAGAUCUUUUUGGGCGGUUCUCCUCCCUCUCCACUCGAUUGACAGAUCGUCUUAAGGAGACGGGUGUAGGCGUACCCACCAACCUCGCCUCUAACUUUGACUCCUUAAUAGGAGGUAUAAAGAAUUUCCUCCCUGCCAAUCGUGACCUUACUGUCACCAAAAUCGUAGAAUCAAUCAUGGACCCGCAGACCGCUUCUACAUCCGCCAUCGCCAAGACGGAGAACUACCUAUAUUUCGACCCGCGAAGUGCGAACGCUCGGGGGACCAUGCCACCCCCCAGCGCCGUUCGAGCUGGCGCUAGCAGCACACCUGGCUCUUUACCAGGAGCAGCCACACUAGGUGUGCAGACUCCCGGUACAGGCGCCAGCUUCGGCCAGCGGAGACAAGGCUAUACGGAUGCCAUUGUGUUCACAGUCGGCGGAGGCAGUAUGGACGAGUACGGCAACCUCCAAGAAUGGGUCAAGCGUACAAAUGAAGGUAGAGCAAAGAAGCGGGUCGUAUACGGCAGCACAGAACUGCUCAACGCCAGAGAAUUCAUCAAGGAGGAAUUAGAGAGGCUGGGAAGCGAGGCCCCAUAA